UCUAUCUGCUUUCUUUCUUCUCUAUUUCUUCUCCAUUUCUCUCCUCUGGUUUCCCCUUUUUUCCGGCGAAAAAAUCACUGUAAAACCCACCCACCCCACAAUGGCUACAAAUGAUGUAUCUAACGAUGUACCAAGUGUGAUUCUUGGAAGUUGUCGAUACAAAAAUCAACUUCACAUUAUUUCCAUAAAAAGUAAUUCGACCUUAAUGGAGAUAUAUGGUGCUAUUAUCAACAAAUGGAAUCAUAUCCAUCCAGAUGCACUGAUCCUCCAAUACUUGGCUCCUCGGGAAAGAUUGUAUGUGACAUUGGGCAGUGAUGAAGAUGUGGAGAAUAUGGUUGCAUUGCAUCUGAUAAUGAAGAUGAGUGUGGUCGACAUUGUCGUGACCUGCAAAGAUGAAGCUAAUUCGCGUGGAAAGAGGGUUCGCACCGAUGGCUGGGAGGACAAGAUGGAGGAGAGCUUACAUGAUUGCCCAUUAUGUUAUUCAAGUGAUUGAAGUGAAUGAAAACUGGCUGUUUGUACUUUAUUAUUAUGUGAUUUGCACUAUGUUGUUUUGAACUUUGUACUAUGUUUCAAUUUGCACUAUGUUUUUGCUAUUUGUAGUUUGUACUAUGUAUUAGGUACUCUGUUCAUUGAUGGUUUAUCAUUUUCAGUCUAAUGGUACUAUUUUUAUUUACACAUGGUAUUGGAUA